AUUGAAUAUGCUUGCAAUGUUUCAGCUUUUGAUCAUGACAUCCAUAAGAGGUUGUGGUAAGCUUCUGUUGACUGGACUACACCCCAGGUUAUGUCUAGCAGCAACGGCUCUGCAGGCUCGAGGAGCAGCAGAAGCAACAUCAGCAAUGACACAGGUACAACCGCUCCCUGCCUCCCAAAUCCCGGGCCCCAGACGGUGGCCUGUGUUAAGGUCCCUGCCAGCAAUGUACCGUCACAGAUUAUUUGAAGCAGGUCAUCACAACACGAUUUGGGAAGCUUUGUGUGAGCAGUAUGGCCCUAUCUUCCGAGUGGACCUCCCUCGCCAGCCUCCCACGGUGUUCAUCACUGACGCAGAUGAGGUGUCACAUCUCCUAAACCAGACUGCCAAAAACCCUGUAAAGCCGCCAACUGAAGCUUUACGCCUGCUCAGGAAUUCUGACAAGAACAAGUUUGUACCUGAAGAGCUAGGGCUGUUAGUCCCGAGGUAA